AUGUCUGCUGGUGCUGUUGGUGUUGAAAAUAGGUGUUUAAUGAAAAAUAAAAAAAAUAAUAAUAGUUCUCAUGAAUGUAUAAAUGUAGAUAUAAAUCACAUUAUAAAAGAUAUUUAUGGAUAUAAAAAUGGAAGAAAAAGAAAUAUUCAAUUUAUAUAUGAUGAUACAAUAAUUAACCAAGACAACAAAAAAAUAAAUAAAAAGAUGAAAAAAGAGAAUAAUAAUAAUAAUGUUAUUAAAUGUGAAGAUGAAAAUGAGAAUAAAAAAGAUGUUUCAAUAACUUGUGAUGAUAUUAAUAAUAAUAAUUAUCAUAAUUAUACUGAAUUUAAUGAUUUAAAAAAUAGUGGCAUUAUAAAUGCUUCACCGUCAUUACUAUCACUAAAAGGAGAGAAUCUUAAAUUUAUAUCAAAAAAAAUAGAAUCAUGUAUAGAUAAUGUUUUAGAAAGUAUACGUUCAUGUAAUGAAAUAAAUCAAGCAAAAAAAAUUAUGAUACCUUUAUUAAGUGAUUUUAUACAGAACAAUUUUAUUCAUAUUGAUGACUACGAAAAGAAUCAAAAUUCCUAUAAAGUGAAGAUUGACACCUUACAAAAAGAAAAAAAAGUUUUAAUUAGUGCUGUGAAAAUUCAAUAUCAAAAAAUUACACAACUUCAGAAACUAAUUGAUAAUCAAAAAAAUGAUUUAAAAAAAAAAAAUGAUGAACUAAAUCAAAUAAAAGCUAAAGUGCAUCAAUAUUUUUAUGACAUUAAUAAUCCUAAUAAAAGAAAUUUUUCCAUUUUAUCACCGGAUGUGUAUUGA